AUGACAUCAAAUAAUACUGGAGAAAAUGGAACAUCAUUAGUUUUUGAUACAAACAGUAUUUUUAUCUCUUCGACAUCAAUUCAUCGUCCUACAACGACAUCAACAAAUAAUAAUAAUAUUACUAAUAAUAAUAACUACGAAUUAUUAACCGGCGACAUGCUUGAUGCUGAACUUGAUUCCGAUCCUCAAAUGUCUGAUAGUGAACUUUCAUGGCAAUCUGUAACUGAUGUUGAUAGUUUAACAGCUACGAAUCAUUGGCGUGGUUGGAAACAACAAACAACAACAUCAUCAACAACAAUAAUUAAUACAAAUAAUUCAUCAACAUCACCAAUAAAUUCAACAUCAAUAUGUUUAUCUUCUUUAACUUCUUCAAAUGAAGAUCGAAUCCCUACAUUAGUUGAUUUAACUGCCAAAACAAUUGCUCGACAUAUACCAUUUGAAUUUGUUGAACGAUAUAAACAACCAGAACAACCUGUUCCAGAAAAUUUACAACUUAAAAUUGCUUUCUGGAGUUUUCCAGAUGGAAUUGAAGAUAUUCGUUUAUAUACAUGUGUUGCGAAUGGUAGUACCGAUGAAUUUAUUAAAGCAGAAGCAUUACAACAAGCAAAAGCUAUACAAAAUAUGUUACAAAUUGGUUUUCAUUUAAGUGCACAAGUUUAUGAAAUAAAUUCAAUGACAAAUACAGCAAAAACAACAACACAAUAUUAUCAUGUAUCAAUUAUAUUUGAUAGAAAAAAGAUUACAUCAUGCCAUUGUACAUGUAAUAAUUCAAGUUCAUGGUGUUCACAUAUUGUUGCUGUUUGUCUUUGUCGUAUAGCACAACCACAAAAUUGUUGUCUUCGAGCACCAGUAUCAGAAUCGUUGUCACGUUUGAAAAUAGAUCAAUUACGUAAAUUUGCACAAUAUCUUAUCUGGGAAAUUCCUCAACAAUUUUUACCCAAAGCUCAAAGUUUAUUAGAUGAAUUACUUAGUGAUAAACCAACUAAUGUAAAUAUGUUACAAGGAGCACCGGAUCCAACUGCUGGUGGUCUUUCUUCAGAUAUAUCUGUUUGGUUUCUAGAUGAAACGAGUUUACAAGAAAAUAUUAAUAAAACUCUACAUCGAUUUUGCCAACCAACCCCACAAGUUGUUGGUGAUGUCACCUAUUUAACAAGUCCACCCAUAUUAGCUACUACUGAAUAUUCUAAUCUUCUACGUCCUUUACGUGGUCGAGAACCCGAAGGUAUGUGGAAUUUAUUACAAAUAGUUCGUGAAAUGCUUGCUCGACAUGAUCUUAAUGGUACUCAAUUACUCGAUAUUCUUACUCGACAAUGUCUCGCUCAAGAACAAAUAAUUCAAUGGUGGUUUACAACGAAAGUUUCGAAUGUUUAUAAUGAACGAGGUACAAAUGGAUUAAAACCUCAUAAUACAUCAUUAGUUCAACAAGCUAGUUCAGCAUUAUGUGAUGAAAUUGUUCAAAUUUGGCGUUUAAUUGCACUUAAUCCACGUUUAAAUAAUGAAGAUCGUAAUUCAAUUUAUAUGAAAUUAUGUACAUGGCAUUCAUCAAUUAUUGAACGUAUAUGUAAACAAAAAACAACAACAACAAAUAUAUCAACAACAACAAAUGGUGUUUAUACAUCACCAACAAUAAAUUCAAAUAAUGAUCGAACAUUAAAUCAAAAACGACGUGAUAUUGAUAUAUUUCCAGGAUUUUUACCAGCUAUUGAAAUAUGUCAAAUUGAUUGGAAUAAUUGUCCACAUUAUCCGAAUAAUAUAGAAGAAAAUAUAAAUACACGUGCAUGGUCAGAAUAUGUACGGUAUUAUGAUGAAAUAUUAACUGAUGGGUAUUCAAAAUUAAAUAAUAAUACAACUUUUAAUUUUCAUAUUCAACAACAAAAUAUAAUUCAACCAAUUGCAACUGUUAAUGAAGAAAUUCAUUCGAAUGUACAAGAUAAUGACAUAAUUAAUAAUAAUAAUGAAGAAAAAUGUCAAGAUGUUGAUAGUGGAGAAGAAUCAAGUGGUGGUGACAUUAUAGAUCAUCAAUCAUCAUCAAAUAGUAGUGAUGAAUGUAAGAUUUAUUUUGAUGAUCGACAAUCUUCUAUAAAACAUCAACCAACACCAGUAACAACAACUACACCAGCAGCAACAGUUGUAACUGAACCAUAUAUUUUUAAGACAUUAAAGAUGAUUAAUGACCCAUUACAAAUUGCAUUUGUACGUUGUGAAGCUUUGCGUAUACAUGGAUAUCAUAGUGAAGUAUUUAAACUUGCGAAACAGUUAGCUGAUCAUAUGCUAGAUAGUGAAGAAUAUUCCGCAUCUUCUCAAGCUUAUCUCAAUAUUCAUAUAUCCGAUUAUGCUACAUCUCCAAUCGUUCGUUGUGCAUUUCUUUGUACAAUUCUUAAUGAAUCAUCUGAAUAUCAACAACUUGCAUUUCGUAUUGGUUUACUUGGUCUUGAAAUAUGUCGUAUGCCUGCAACAACAAAAGCACUUGAAGUUCGUUUACUUAAUUGUGAACAAGAAAUUUGUCAAGAAUUAAAAAAAAUAACUCUUGGACAAACUGAAAUUGAUAUUUUACGACAACGUGCUGAACAUUUAUGUGCACGUCUUUUAAAUAUACGUGAUGAUGGUAUAUUAUUACCACUUAGUUUAGCAACAUAUAUAUUUGAAACAUUACGAUCACUUAGUUUAUAUCGAAUAAAUUUAAAUACAAAUUCAAAUGUAUCAUUAUCUCAAAAUUUUUCUAUUCUAUCAUCUGCUGAAAACAAUAAUCAAUUGAAUAGAUCUGAUGAAUUACUUGCAUUCGAUACAGCUAUUUGUGCACUUGGAGCAAAAUGUUAUAUCUCCGAAGCUCAAAAUCCAAUCCUAUGUGAAGGUAUUCGUCGUCAACGAAGUGAUCUUACACUUAAUUUAUUAACAUUAUAUAAAGAUGAUCAAGGACGUUUAAUACAAAUUCUUGAUAAAUUACUUGAUCGUGAUAUACAUGUUUUAUUUAAAAAUGCAAAUAUAAAUCCAUUUAAUGUUGGUUCAAAAAAAGUCAAUCAAACAUCUGUAUCAUCACAACAAACAACAACAAAUUCUCCAACAUUAUCAAAUCGUUCACAAAAUAAAAAAUUAACUACAACUUCGAAUAUAAAUGGUGAACCAAUAACAGAAAUUGAUAGUUCAGGUUUAGAUGAAAGUGAAGGAGAAAAUUUUGAUCAAAAAGCAUGGGAAGCGAAAUUUCGGUGUUUAAAUUUAAAAACUAGUUCAAAAAGAAUAUCAAACGGUUUUACAAGUAUUGAUAGUAGUGCACCAGAAACAAAUUCAAGUGAUAAUUCACCAACUGUAUCACGGCGUAAUAUUCGUAUAGCAUCAUCAAAAGUUAAUGCUGAUUCAGAAAGUGAUAGUGAGCGAGAUACUGUACAACGAAAUGUUCGUAGUGAAUCUCCAUCACGUAUGGAUAUAAAUAUAAUAUCACCAGAUGUUCCUUCAUCUCCAGCACUUAAUUUAAUAACUUCAAGAAAUACUUCAACUAUACCAAAAUCUAUGUCAUUACAACAACAAUCUUCACCGGGUUCUCAUACUUUGAAAUCUUCGAAAGGACAUAUGAAUUCAUCGAAUGGAAAAAAUCGUUCACCAUGUGCUCCAAAUCAACCAUCCGAAGCAUUAUGUCAUUUUAUGUUUGAAUUAGCUAAAACACUUGUACAACGUGCAGGUGGUACAACAUCAACAUCACUCUUUGUUGGUCCAACACAUAAUUAUCCACCUCCACAUAGAAAUUUACAUUUAUGUGCAAUAACUAUUGCACUUUAUGCACUCGGUGUAAAUAAUCAUGUUCAAACAAAUUGGAUGAUACGUACAUAUUCAAGUUUAGUUUCAUGGAUAACAUCAACAGCUAUUGAUAUUGGUUUACAAGCUAUAUUAAUAUUAAUUGAAUGUUGGGAAGGACAAUUAACUCCACCUGAAUGUGCUGCUAUAGCUGAUCGUGCAUCACGUUCACGUGAUAAUGCUGUUGUACGUACAGCUGCUGAAUUAGCUUUAUCAACAUUAAAAUAUGCUCAUGCAUUGAAUGCAGCUGAAAUACGUCAAGCAUUAGCACAAUGUAAAGAACAAAGUAUUGAUAUGCUUGAACGUGCAUUAACAACAAUUGAAAAUGCUACACGUGAUGGUAAUCUAGUAUUUAUUGAUAUUUUAUUUGAAGUUGCUAAACGUUGGUAUGAAAUGUAUUAUGAACGAACAGGAGAUUCAUUGAAUAGUGAUGAUGAUUCAACAGUUGUUGAUAUUCGACAACCAUUUGAUAAUAAUCCAUUAGCAUCAUCAGCAACAAACCCAAUAGAAUUACAUUGGACACAUGCAAAUGGAUCAAAUUCAUCAUCAACAACAACACCACAAUCACCUAUGUUAUAUACAACAAACAAUCAAAAUACAAAUUUUCCGACACCAUUUCAACAACAUCCAUCGACUCAUUUUAAUACUCAUCCUUAUAUGAUUCAAGCACAACAUGGACCACCACAACCUUCAAUGCAUCAUCAUCAAUUAGGAAAUUUUCAUCAACAAGUUCCAUAUCAACAAAUUAUUCCAAUUCAAUAUUCUUCUCAACAACAACAGCAACAACAACAACCACAUUUUGCUUUUCAUCCAGGUCCAGGAAAUAAUUUUCAUCCUCAUUCCCAUCAUCCUCGUCAUCCACCACCACAACCAAUGCCUAAUGCUAUACUUGUUAGUCAAGGAAACUUUCCAACUGCCUAUGCUGUUCAUCAUGCCACAUCAGGAACAAAUCCACAAAUGUAUUCUCCGAAUCAAAAUCAACAACAAUCAUUUUAUCCUAUUAGACAAAUACCAUUAGUUGUUUCAUCGCCAACAGAACCAACUAUCUCACCUUCAUCAUCAACUACAACAGCAGCAGCAGCACAACAACAACAGCAACAACAAACGAAUGUUGUUAGUCCAAGUACAACACCAUCAGCUGAACAGCAACAGCAACAGCAACAGCAACAGCAACAACAACAACAGCAGCAAACUGAUCCGAGUCAUCGUCAAUAUUUAAUUAAUGCAUUUCGUGUUGGCAUGUUAGCAAUGAAUACACUUGCAUUAGAACGAGCACGACAAAAUCAUGCACAUAUGGAACGACGUGGUGAACAAAAUCAUCCAACACCACGUUAUGGUGAAGAUGUUAAAUGGCUUCUUAAAAUCGCAUUAAAAUUAGGGAAUGCUGAAUUACAAGAAUUUGUUACAACAGCAACUGCUGUUAUUGUCAAUCCAUAUUUAUUGCAUAGUCUUGCAUUUAAUAUCUAUAAUGUAUCACAAAAUAAUCCAAAUGGUUCAUCAUCAAAUCAAAUGCUUCGUUUACCAUUUGUUCAAUCAUUAAUGCAAAAAUGUCUUCAUGCAUAUACACGUUGUGUACAUAAUAAAAUGGGACAUAUGACAACAAAUAAUGAUAUUGAAGAAUUAACAUCAUUAAUGAAACAUGCACGUUCAGCAUUUUUAUUUAUGGGUAAUACAAGUGAUUAUCAAGGUUUAAUGAAUUUUGUUAAAACAUCAAAAAAAUGCAAAAAAGAUGUUUAUCCAAGACUUUGGCAAGCAAUUCAAAAUUAG